AUCCAAAACGGUCUACCGUUUCCACAUACACACACACAUCUCCUCUCACUACAACUACUAUCUUAUUCUCUUCUACGCUACUCUUUCAUCUUCAUUCUACAUACUAUUUUAUUUUACUCCAUACUCUUACAAACAACCGCAAUCAUGGCUGUCAUGGGCAAAAAGGCAGUUCACUUUGGUGCCGGCAACAUUGGCAGAGGCUUUGUUGCUUGCUUCCUCCACAACUCCGGCUACGAGGUCGUCUUCGCCGAUGUCAACGGCGACCUGAUUGACACCAUCAACGCCACUCCCUCAUACAAGGUCAUCGAGGUCGGCUCCGAGGGCACCUCAGAAAGCACAAUCACAAACUACCGUGCCAUCAACUCCCGCACCCACGAGGAGGACCUCAUUGAGGAGAUCCGCACCGCCGAGGUCGUCACCUGCUCCGUCGGCCCCAACAUCCUCAAGUUCAUCGCUCCCGUCAUCGCCAAGGGCAUCGAUCGCCGCGCAGACGACCAGACUCCCCUGCAUGUCAUUGCCUGCGAGAACGCCAUUGGAGCCACCGACAACCUGGCUGGCUUCAUCAAGGAUGCGAAGAACACCGACCCUGCCCGUCUCGACACGCACCACCUCCGUGCUCGCUAUGCCAACUCGGCCAUUGACCGCAUUGUCCCUGCCCAGGCCCCCAACGCCGGCCUUGACGUGACGCUGGAGAAGUUCUUCGAGUGGGUUGUCGACAAGACUCCCUUUGAGGACAUUGGCAUCCCCUCCAUCGAGGGCAUCAACUGGGUCGACAACCUGGCCCCCUUCAUCGAGCGCAAGCUGUACACGGUCAACACCGGCCACGCCACUGCCGCCUACCACGGCUACAACCGCAGAAAGCGCACCGUCUACGAUGCUCUGCAGGAUAAGCAGAUCAUGGCCGAGGUCCGCGGUGCUCUGACCGAGACCAAGAACCUACUCGUGGCCAAGCACAACAUCGACGAGGAGGCCCAGCUCGCCUACAUGAACAAGAUCAUCAAGCGCAUUGGCAACCCCCACUUGGAAGACGCCGUCGAGCGUGUUGGCCGUGCUCCUCUAAGGAAGCUGUCGCGCAAGGAGCGCUUCGUUGGCCCUGCUGCCGAGGCUGCCGAGAACGACAUGCCCAUCAAGUAUCUCCUUGACGCCAUCGAGAUGACGUUCCGUUUCCAGGACGUCGACGGCGACGACGAGUCCAAGGAGCUGUCCUCAAUCAUGUCUGAGAACACCCCCGAGGACGUCGUUGCCAAGGUCUGCGGCAUCCAGGCCACGGAGAAGAUCUACCCUCACCUGGUCGAGAUUGUCAAGCGUGUCCAGGACGACAGCCAGGAGGAGUAAUGUGGAUUGCAUAGAGCCUUCCCUUCAUUUCUUUCUCGAUACAGCAUUCACUCACGGCGAUGAGUGGUGUUUUUAGGGUUUACCUCAUGAUCUGAUAUUUGCGCGUGCCUUUUUUGGUUUUCUUUCACUUCUUGAGCUUAUUUUACCAAUGCAAUGAACGAACGGCAAGGCGCUGGGAUCCGGUAUAUUAGAUGAUCAUCUAACCUGUUUUCUUUUCCUUUUUCUUCCUUUUUUCUUUCUUUUGUCUGCUAGGGAUUUGGGCAUUAGCCAGCAUUUCUUCUGCUCGGCACGGGAAACUUCAGUCUAUAGAUUGAUUGAUAGCAUUACGAAUCAAGAUACCACAUCAAUGAAAAACAGACUUGAUCAAA